AUGUAUUUUACACCUUCGCGGACUCUUGAAUACCUACGAGCACUGUUAGAGCCCCAGAACGAGAUCGUUUGUGCAAAAAACAGAUCUAAACUUCUACUCGCCCUCAUCCCCGACUUUCUGACGAUAUACCCUUGCUCCGAGAUCAUAGAGCAAUUCGAGACCAAGCUCAAUGCACAAUCGGCUGAAUUGGUCCCGGGUUCCUCGCCGCUACCACCUCCUUUCUUACUGGGAGCCCAAGACUGCUUCUGGGAAGCAUCGGGGCCGUAUACGGGGGAGAUCUCACCUUCGUGUCUGCAUUCGAUGAACGUUUCGAUAGUCGAGCUAGGCCACGCCGAGCGGCGGGCGAUUUUCAAGGAAACAGAUGAGCAGGUCGGGCCCAAAGCUGCAGCCGCGAGUGCACAGGGUAUGAUCCCACUCGUAUGUGUGGGCGAGGUACCCGUCCCUGGCCCAGUGAUGUCAGAGACAGUCGGCGUGGCGGUAAAGGAGUGCGAAGUUCAGGUCAAGGCCGUGCUGGAUGCGAUACCCGCAGAUGCGCCUAUUAUCUUUGCAUACGAGCCUGUCUGGGCAAUUGGACAGCUGGUCCCCGCUGGCGUUGACCAUAUUGCUGCCGUGGUUCAGGGAAUACGUGCGGUCACGGAUAGAAUACGCGGUGAGAAGGGCAGAGGUGAUGUGAGGGUGAUAUAUGGAGGGAGUGCGGGGCCAGGGCUGUGGGGACAAGGAGGGUUGGGUAAAGCGGUCGACGGUAUGUUUUUGGGAAGAUUUGCGCAUGAAAUCGAGGGAGUGAAGAAGGUAGUCCGGGAGGUAGAAGAAAGCCUCGAAUAG